GCGUCUGGGCCCCCGCAGAGGAAGGAGGGGAGGCUGAUCUAGAGCGGCCGCGCCAGCCAAGCUUCGCAGAGAGCAAAGAGACGCUCCCUCCACUGCGGCUCCUGCCGGUCCGCCUUUCCCGAGGGCCCCGGGAGCGGCCCUGGAAGCGAGGAGCCCCCGGAUCGGUCGCCUGCCCGCCGCCCGCCUUUGUCCGCAGGGCUGGCAAGCGCUUCGGCGUUUUCCCGGCUGGGCUCCGGUGAAGAUGGGGGCUCCGGGGGCGGCGCCCAACGGGCAGAAAAACCCCGCCGCCUUCCGGCGUCUUGGGCGCGGGUGCCAGGCAUCGGCUCCCGGUAGACUGUCUUUGGAGGUAGAGCUGGCGGGGCCGCGCCGAAGGUCGGUUACCAUGUCAGGAGGAGCCUUUCGGCGGGUCUUCCAAUUGGGCUUUUGGCUUGCUGCCCUUGCCCGACUCAAUGCAAACAUCUGUCGGCUGCGCUUAACUCUGCCUCCUGAAGAAAGCUGGCCACCUUGGGGAGGAACAAAUACGGCUGAAAAGACCCCAAAGCAACUCUACCAAGUGCCUGGCGGAUUGUCUGCUGGGGACUUAAAGCACGGUGUUGUGUAUGGUGUAGUGCACCGGUCAGAUGACAACCACAACAAAGAAAUGGUAGUUUAUGGAUGGUCAGCUCACCAACUGAAAGAAGAAAUGAGAUAUAUACGAGAUGUGAGAUUAACAUUGGAAAGAGUAAGAAACAAAAUGUAUGGAGAAUACGAUGAAAUGAAACGCAAAAUCCAGACACUCUCAAGUGAGCUGACGGUAUCACACGCUGAGCAGGCAUCCCUAGAAAACCACAUCCAGGUGCAUGAGGCAGCCCUGGAGAGUUUCCGCGAAAUGAGCAGUUCACUGACCUCGGCAUCCAUUGAGCUGCAGAAAACCUUAGUUGAUGUUACUUUGGAGAAUACAGUUAUACGUGACCAGAUACAGAACCUGAAACAAACUCACGAACAGUCCAUGGAAAAACUGAAGGAAAAACAAAAGCAACUGGAAACUGCCAAGGUGGAAAACGAACUGCUCCGUCUCAAGGUGGAAGGCUCACAAGAAGCAAAUGCAGAAGUCAUGAGAGAGAUGACCAGGAAACUAUACAGUCAGUAUGAGGAAAAGCUUCAAGAAGAAGAACAGAAACAUAAAUUUGAGAAAGAAACUCUCCUUUUGGAAACAAAUCGUUUACUUAUGGCCAUUGAGGAUGCCAAUAAGAAGAUGAGACUUACAGAGACAAGUUUGCAGGAAAAAGAUCAACGAAUUGGAGAGCUGGAUCGACUCAUUCAGCGCAUGGAAAAUGAACGGCAUCAGUUGCAAAAACAAUUAAUAGAGUAUGAAGUGCAACUACAAGGAUUGGAUCUUUAUGACCAGUCCAGCCAACCAAGGUCUCUCAAGCUGGAGGAAAUUACGGACAGUCUCCGAGAACGAAUACGGCACUUGGACGACAUGGUUCUGUGCCAGCAGAAAAAAGUCAAGCACAUGGUUGAGGAGAAAAUCCGUUGCUGUUUCACUCUAAAUUGGUGGUGGUUGGGCCCCGAAGCCCCACCCCCACCCCAAAAGGCUGGUGCCUUGUAUAUGGAGCAGACCUCAGGUUGGGCGGGUUGGAAGAGAGGAUCCUCCAGGGGGAAUUUUCCAGGCCGGCUUCCAGAGAUUUAGUCUUCAAAGACAGGUUUGGAUGCCCAGCUUCAGAUACUUCUCUUCUGCUGCUCUUCUGGCAACUCUAUUUCAGUGAGCUACUUUUUUAAAAAAGAGUCCUGUUGCUUAAAACUUGUUAUUAUUGAACAAUUAAUAAAUUGUUUCCACUUGCAAUUAUGUUGCUUUGAAAACAUUCUUUGCGGAGGGGGCGGUAAUACGUUUAUUAAAAACAACAACGAAGAGCAACUUUGCUGACUACAGAACAAACAAGUAAAGGGUAGUUAUUAUUCCAUGCUGCUAUUACUCCAAUUGAGAUAAAAUAAUUGCCAGCUGGUCAUUAUUUUUAAGGGUUUGGUGUAUUUCACUGUAGCCUCAGGAGCUGUUGUCCUGUUGGGUGUCUGAAUCCUUGCUGCGCAAGCAUUUCCUUUCAGGCUGGUGGAGCCAGAAUUGUUGCUGCAGUCCCUGGCUGGCCCUGCUGAUGGCCCCUCUCUGUUGCACACUCAUGCACACGCCCAGCUCUUCUUUCAUUUUCCACCAGGACACCCUGCUCUCAACUCCCGUCUGCUCUGGUUCCUGUCCCACCUGCUUCCCAGUGCAAUAGUGGAAAAGAUGUGUCACUUACGGCUGGGAAGGCCUCUGCCCAGCUGUUCUGUGGCAACAGCUCCAGUGAAAUGCACCCUGCCCAUUUGGCUCAUUUAGUCUGCAUUUCCUUAGGAGGCCGAUGUGUCUGCCCAAUUACUGAUAAGGACACUGUUUGAAUUUUCAGCUUUUCCAAAUAGCUGACUGGGUGCCCAAUAAAUCUAUGCUCUUGUGCAUUGGUUACAAGAUAUGAGCCACAAUGUAUUGUUACUGACAUUUGCACUUUCUUCUAAAGCACUUGGGAGUGCAGAGGAUAGGCAGCAGUUUCUUUGUGCAAAAGCCAAGAGUAAAAGCCAAAACUCUAAGUUAACUACGCAGGGCCAGGAGACGCACCCCAGCUUCACUGGUGGAGUCUGACAAUGUGAGAGGCCUUAUUUUUUUCCCCAUGGAAGUCAAGAUGUGCGCCAGGGUGUGUGUGUUGGUGACCAGCUCCACAGGCUCCCUUGGGGGGCGUGAAUACUGAAUUCCUGUCCUGUGGAGAUCAAAUCCUCCACUUUUGUAACCUGCCAGAUUGCCAUGAAGGGCUCAAAGGAAGCAUCCUCCAAGGGCCCAAGGCAGGGAGCAAGAGUCUGCUCGACCCUCUCCCCAGACAGGAGGGGCUCUCAAGCAUCAGCAGCCCCUCCCACCCAGUGCUGUGACCCUUUCCCUCUUUUGGGGUACGAAGGAGAGUCCUCCUCCUGGCCUCUAGCAGCUGCCUCCGCUCAGUGCUGGUUCUGUCUUUUGGCUGUAGGAUUUAUCUCAUGAUUUUAAUUUUAUGUUUUGACCUAUUGGCCACUUUUGUUGGAAAGACGGGAAAAAAAGACUCUAAAUGAAUCUUCAAAGACCUAUGCAAGGGUCCUCUUUGUAGACUUUAGUUCAGCAUUUAACACCAUCAUUCCAGACACUCUUCUAAUUAAGCUAAACCAGCUACAGGUACCUGAACAGACUUGUAAGUGGAUCACAAGCUUCCUAACAACAGGAAGCAGCAAGUGAAGCCAAACAGAAUCACAUCAGAUACCUGUACAAUUAGUACGGCGGCCCCCCAAGGCUGUGUGCUCUCCCCACUUCUCUCUGUAUACCAAUGACUGCAUCUCUAACGAUCCAUCUUUUAAACUACUGAAGUUCACAGAUGACACAACAGUAAUCUGUCUCAUUCGAGACAAUGAUGAAUCCACAUACAGAUGGAGGGUUGAAUGAUUAGCCUCGUGAUGCGACCCGAACAAUCUGGAACUGAACACACUCAAAACCAUAGAAAUGGGGUAGACUUUAGGAAAAACCCUUCCAUACUUCCACCUCUCACAAUACUUGACAACACAGUAUCAACAGUAGAAACCUUCAAAUUUCUAGGUUCUACCAUAUCGCAAGAUCUAAAAUGGACAGCUAACAUAAAAAAUCAAAAAAGGACAACAAAGAAGGUUCUUUCUACGCCAACUCAGAAAGCUCAAACUGCCCAAGCAGCUGCUGAUUAAGUUCUACAGAGGAAUUAUUGAGUCUGUCAUUUGCACCUCUAUAACUGUCUGGUUCGGUUCUGCAACCCAACAAGAAAGACACAGACUUCAGAGGAUAAUUAGAACUGCAGAAAAAAUAAUUGCUACCAACCUGCCUUCCAUUGAGGACCUGUAUACUGCACGAAUCAAGAAGAGGGCUGUGAAAAUAUUUACAGAUCCCUCGCAUCCAGGACAUAAACUGUUUCAACUCCUACCCUCAAAACGACGCUAUAGAGCACUGCACACCAGAACAACUAGACACAAGAACAGUUUUUUCCCCGAAGGCCAUCACUCUGCUAAACAAAUAAUUCCCUCAACACUGUCAAACUAUUUACUAAAUCUGC